AUGUUAAGGCUCUGGGGUUUUGUUGUGUUUCUGUUGACCGUCCCGAUACCGGUCCAAUCCAGACCCACUGACAAACUCGGCAACAGACAGAGACGUUCGGUAAGUCACGCUCAGAUGAUGCACGACCGCGGUCGAUCCCUGCAGGACAGGAAGAGGCGUUUUUGGAUACAGGGAAUCCUAGAGCAGGUGCACACGGUGCAGGUGUGGGACUCACCCGGUCAGAGCGAAGGAAGUGACCAGACCCUCCCCUGGUCUGUCGCCCAUCGACCCAAACACACUAGCAGCACCAAAAACUUUCCUAUGGGCUUUCAGUUGGAGAGUGUGGGGAUGAGAGACGACCUUCCUCAGGAGACCAGCAAGACCAUGAGAUAUGAGGAACAGCCAUUGAAAGGUGUGACGAAGAGGAAAAGGAAGAUGUGUUUGGGCAGAUGGAGAGAUCCAGACAGGAGGAGAGACUGGGGGUGUGGCUUCCAAAUAUAA